UUUUUGCAACUUUUUACAUCUCUUCUCAAAUUUUUUUCACUGAUAAAAAGCCUAGGGUUCAAACUUUUUCUCCAAUCAACCUCAGAUUAUCAAUACUUUGCUCCAAUUUUUCUUCAUAAAUUUCUUCUACCUCACCUUCACUUGCUCCAAGUUCUAAAUUUUAGCUAUGGCAAUUUAGUGGAUCUUUCGCACUUACACCUAUUCCUUUUGUUGGUGCAAUUGGAGGGAGUUGCUUUUUGGGAUAUUGUUAGGGUCAAAAGGCGAAAAUGCCGUGAGUUCAUUUAUUGGUGUUUUUGCUUUUUGGAAGACGUACAUGUGAAGCAAAUUCUAGUGUUUUAGUAUGAGUUCCUUGCUAAUUUUCCAACUUGGAAUUGCUGAAUCCUAUCUUUAACUCUUGGAGAAGGAAUAUUCUGGAUCAUUUCGCUCCUGUUUAUGCUACUUGUUUGCUCAGACUCUGUGGAUUUUCGCAAUUCGGAUCGCUUUUACCGGCUUCAUAGUAGCAUAAACUAAGUUAGAUUUAGGAAAUGAGUUGCAAAUAAUGAGAUGCCGCACCGCCAUAUCGUCGCACAUUUUGAUUGAUCGCCUCUUUACUUAUUAGUCGAUAUUUUUAGGGAUUUUAGGUGAUGGAGGAUAUUGGGUUGUUCAAUCAAGGGUGGAAAUGGCUGCAAUCAAAGGACUGUUAUUCUGUAGUGGGGACUACUGCGAGCUGUUUAAGAGACAAGAUCGGGAUUUUCAAGGAGCGGCAUUGGCCGAUGGUUUGUUGCGGAUGUGCGAAAUUUGGGAGAGCUAUUCUGUUCUUGUUGGUCUAUUGGAAAAACUGUUGUAUUUCAGGAUUCCAGUCUUUUGCUGGGCUGGGAUCAGCGGCUCUUCUUGUUAUUAUGUGGAGUUGCUUCCUAAGCUUGACAUCAAUGUCGUGUCUUCUAUAUGUUCUUCUUAGUAUGGGAGCGGCUGCGGCUGCUGUUCAGUAUUUAGGCUACACUCCUGGACUUUUUAUUGUGGGGCUGUUUGCCAUUCUAAUUUUAUGGAUGUAUGCUAACAUUUGGAUAACUGGUACCUUGUUUAUAGUUGGUGGCUAUCUGUUUUCAUUGAAUCAUGCUCGGCUGGUGGUAUUUAUGGCAACCUUGUAUUCUGUAUAUUGCGUUAAAAACCAAGUAGGAUGGCUUGGAGUUUUUCUCGCAAUUAAUCUUGCUUUCCUAUCUAAUGAUGUAUGGAACUACAUGACCAAGUGGUGUGAUAAUUUAAGUGAAAGCACUCAUUUUGAGGAGCAUAAAGAAGCUGAUUCAUUUACAGAAGAUGAUUUUUGCACUAAGUGUGAAUACUCUGCUCCUACUGAAGUAGAAAUAGAAGAAGAAGUAGAAGUAGAAGAAGAGAAGCUGAAAUCAUGUAAAUCGACAACUAAACCGGCAAGUCCUUCAUCAAUUGUUGAAAAGCCAAAAGUAGUUGCUUUGAAGGCUGUGGUUAGAGAAGAUGGGAAUUCCCUGAUUGAGAUGGAGAGGAUUUUAAGUAGUGGCAAUCACUAUGAAGCCCUUGGGUUUCCCCGCCAUAAGAAGAUCGAUGUUAUAUUAUUGAAGAAGGAAUAUCGUAAAAAGGCCAUGCUUGUGCACCCUGACAAAAAUAUGGGAAGCCCACUUGCAAGCGAAUCAUUUAAGAAACUUCAAUGUGCAUAUGAGGUUCUUUCUGAUGCUGUGAAGAAGAGGGACUAUGAUGAACAGCUCAAGAAAGAAGAAUCGAAGUAUGUUAUGCAGAAAUCAGCAAGCACUUCUUAUCAGACUACUGACGUUUGCUCUGAGGAGUCGAGGCGCAUUCAGUGCACAAAGUGUGGCAAUUCUCAUAUUUGGGUCUGUACAAAUAGAACCAAGGCGAAAGCUAGAUGGUGCCAGGAUUGCUGCCAGUAUCAUCAAGCUAAAGAUGGCGAUGGAUGGGUUGAGAACAAGGGCUCACUUGAGUUUGAUCGGCUGCAAAAGGUGGAAAUACCCCGUGCUUUUGUAUGUGCUGAAAGCAAGAUUUUUGAUGUGUCGGAGUGGGCUACAUGUCAGGGAAUGUCUUGCAGAGCAAACACCCACAGACCGAGUUUCCAUGUAAACAUGGUUGGAUUGGAGAAGUCAACUCAAAGGUCAAACUCAAGCCGUUACCCAUGGGAUUUGGAUGCUGAGAUGACUGAUGAAGAUGAUGAAUUUGAUAUAUGGCUCCAGCAAGCCCUCGCGGCUGGACUGUUUUGUGAAACUUCCAAACGUAGGAAAAGCUGGAGCCCCUUCAAACUGCCUCAGAAGAAAGGAAAAAACCAGUGGCGCAGAUCAUCUUAGAAGAAAAUUUUUGCAGACUCAGAUUAAUCGCCAUCCAUCUUUUUCCACCCACACUUCUCCAUGCAGAGCGUUGGAUGAUGGCUUUGUGCCCAGAAAGCUUGGAGCUGGUGCGAAUGUGGAUCAAGAAUUGCACGGUUCAAUUUAUGUAAAUAACCGGGAUUCGUUUAUGUUACACUUACACACCAGUUUUUGCAGCAUUCUUGAGCUGUAGAAUGAAAUUGCGAGGAAUAGCAAAACUGCUUUGCUUUGCUACUUUGUGUACACAUUUGCUUAACACCACUUGAGAGCAGAUGGAAUAAAGUGAAUAGUUGAAUGA